CCUCCUUCCCGUCCCGUCACUACUGUUGCCUCGUUCCUUCAGCUGGCUGGUCUGAUAACGGGUGAACGUGUUCUCGUCACCCGGUCCGGAUUCUCGACCCUUAUCGGUAACUACCAAGGAAAUCGCACGCAGGACAUAUUCCCACCCCUUGCAAUGGCAUACGGUGACCGCUCUGAUCGUUCUGAUAGACGAGGAGGAGGAGGAGGUGGCGGUGGAGCACGUGGUGGUGGUGGUAGAUUCGGCGGACGCGAUGGAGGCGGAGGAGGCAAUAGAUUUGGCAGCAGCGGAAACAGAGACAGCAAUUUUGGAAACAACAAUUUUAAAAAUCGGCAACCUGGGGAACGGUUACGUAAACCACGAUGGGAUAUGAGCACUUUACCACAAUUCAGAAAGGAUUUCUACCAGCCACAUCCUAACGUAAUGGCACGGAGUAUUCACGCUGUAGAGGCAUAUCGUUCCAAUAAAGAGAUCACUGUGAAGGGGGCUAACGUUCCAGGUCCCAAUAUUUAUUUCGAAGAAGGUGGCUUCCCAGACUAUGUCCUCAAUGAGAUUCGUAGACAAGGAUUUGGUGAACCGACCGCGAUCCAGGCACAAGGUUGGCCUAUUGCCCUGUCCGGCCGAGAUAUGGUUGGUAUAGCGCAAACGGGUUCUGGAAAGACUCUGGCAUACAUCUUGCCGGCGAUCGUGCAUAUAAAUCAUCAACCUAGACUGAGCAGGAACGAUGGGCCAAUCGCAUUAAUCUUAGCGCCAACUCGAGAAUUGGCACAACAAAUUCAACAAGUAGCAUCAGAUUUUGGCAUGUCUUCUCAGGUGCGAAACACAUGUAUCUUCGGUGGUGCUCCAAAAGGACCUCAGGCGCGUGACCUCGAGCGCGGCGUAGAGAUUUGUAUUGCUACGCCAGGACGUCUUAUAGACUUUUUGGAACGCGGCACAACUAAUCUACGUAGAUGUACAUAUUUAGUACUUGAUGAGGCCGAUAGAAUGCUCGAUAUGGGCUUCGAGCCUCAAAUUAGGAAAAUUGUAGAACAAAUACGUCCCGACCGUCAGACUCUCAUGUGGUCGGCGACGUGGCCAAAGGAAGUACGUAAUCUCGCGGAAGAGUUCCUAACAGAUUACAUACAAAUCAACAUUGGUUCCCUGCAAUUGGCUGCCAAUCACAAUAUUCUGCAAAUCGUUGAUGUAUGUGAGGAAUAUGAAAAGGAGAGUAAACUCAUGAAAUUGUUGGAAGAAAUCUCAAAUGAACCAGAAAAUAAGACUAUAAUAUUUGUCGAAACUAAAAGAAAAGUGGAUGAUAUAACAAGAGCUAUUAAUAGAUACGGAUGGCAAGCGAUUGGUAUUCACGGAGACAAAAGCCAACAAGAAAGAGAUUAUGUAUUAAAUCAGUUCCGGAAUAGCAGAUCUGCCAUCCUUGUGGCUACUGAUGUGGCGGCGAGAGGUUUAGAUGUCGAGGAUGUCAAAUUUGUGAUAAACUUGGACUAUCCGUCUAACUCUGAGGACUAUGUGCACCGUAUCGGACGUACGGGUCGUUCGCAGCGUACAGGAACUGCGUACGCUUUUUUCACGCCCGGCAAUGCUCACAAGGCUGGUGACUUAAUUCAAGUUUUAGAAGAGGCUAAGCAAGUUGUCAAUCCGAAAUUAUAUGAUUUAUCCCGAAAUCCUGGCAUUUAUAAGAGAGGACGCUACGGUGGACGCAGUGGAGGUGGAGGCGGUGGACGAGGAUCUGGAGGCCGUGGUGGUUCACGAGGAUCUCGUGGAGGCCGUGAUGCAGGAGAUAGAGGAAGAUUCGACCGCUCUUCCGGUACUGGUGCAAGUGAUCGCAACAAAUGGUCCGGAAGCAGUAGCGGUGGCAUAGGCGGGGCUAGCUAUGGAAGCAGUAAAUCGUUCCCUCAAAACAGCUUUGGAAGUGGAACUUCCGGCGGUGGCUCUGGUAGCUACAGCCAGAACAAUAGUGGAUAUGGAAGCAGCUACAGGCAACAAAACGGCUAUUGAACGAACGAUCAAAUAAUACUCCCAUUUGCGUCCCAGAGGGAAUAAUGGCAGACGAUUGAUUGAGCCGACGAGCCCAGAAUUGCAGAGAAUUGUUCCAAAAAAAAUUACACAUUCUCACGAACAUUCGCCUCCUUUUCUUUUCCAGUACACGUCACUCUUCAUUAGCUUUAAGUAAUAUUACAAUAUUAUCAAUUAUGCAAAGUCAAGUAUGUUAUAUUUAGGAUAGGAUCCUUAAUAUAUUUAAGCGGUCAAUUAUCGCAUUGCCGCCGAAUGAUAUAGUAUUACAAUUCGAUUGGCUUGCCGCUGUACAUUCAAUAAAAUAGUGUAAGACUGACACUAUAAAAAGC